AUGGGGUGCUGUGGCUGUGGAAGUUGUGGCGGCUGCGGCGGCUGCGGCGGCUGCGGCGGCUGCGGCGGCUGCGGCAGCUGCACCACCUGCAGGUGCUACCGCGUGGGCUGCUGCUCCGCCUGCUGCCCCUGCUGCUGCGGCUGCUGUGGGGGCUGCUGCAGUACCCCCGUGGUCUGCUGCUGCCGCCGCACCUGUGGCUGCAGCUCCUGUGGCUGCGGCUCGUGUGGCUGCGGCUCGUGUGGCUGUGGCUGUGGGAAGGGCUGUUGCCAGCAGAAGUGCUGUUGCCAGCAGAAGUCCUGUUGCAAGAAGCAAUGCUGCUGCUAGGCGGCUGGCGGCUCCACCCCUCCCAGGAGCUGGAGGCCCCUCCGCCCUACGGGUAAGAUGGCUUUGCCUCAUCCACCUACUCCUUUCCCUUGGC